AGACAAUAGAAGACAGACCAGAGACCAUUGAUCUGCUGAGUGGACUAAAGAUGGGGGAGCAAGGUUGUUGGCUGGAGGCUAACAGAGGAGACUGGGUGGCCAUAUUGGAUUCCCAGACCCAGAUGGGUGCAGCCAAGGCCUCGGGGGACGACACCAGAGGCAACAUAUUGGAGUGUGCAGUCCAUGAGGACCUGCUGAAAUCUGGUGUUGCUGGCGGGAGAGACUGGACCUCUGAAGCAGCUGGUCACAAACCCUGGCCCCGGAUCAGAACCCUGGAUCAGGAGCCGUCACUCUUCCUUCCCGAGUCAGAACCAGAACCGAACCACGUGGGACAGAGACUCCAGCACCACACAGAGCACAACCAGUGGACAGGUGGACUGAACAACCUCAGUCCUGGUGGUCAUCAGAGAGACAGAGGCUCCAGUCAGGGAUCCAGUCCACAGCCCAGACCCUUCUCUUCACAGUCUCAGUGCAGGGAUGGAGCAGGACCUGGGCCUGAUAGAGAUAGACCCUCCUGUUCCUAUGAUACAAACACCACAGUAUCCAUGAUGAACAGAGCAGGUCACCCUGCACUUCAGCCUUCACAGAGAGUGGUGGGAGACUCUCAUGGUGGUAGUCUAUCAGGAAGUCUGUCUUCUCCUUCAGGGUCUUGUCUAAUGACUAGUGACUGGAUUCAUAGAAAGCCUGGACCUGGGUCUAGCCUUCCUCAGUUACCUCAUGGUUACCCCACCAAUACAGACAGGGCCAGGAUGGGUGGUCACCACGAGAGGUACCUAGCCUAUAACACAGCACACAAUCCCAACAACACACAAACAAUGGCUAGAGGUCAAGGAGGGAGCUCAAAGACUAACCACCUGACGGUGGUGGCACCUGCUUCUACCUCCUCUGGUGUCAUUGGGUCACAACGUGGGAGGCCGAGCAUUAGGACGGACGCUGAAAAGCCGUAUGCCUGCCCCACGUGUGGGAAGCGCUUCGCUAAGACAAAAUAUAUCAAGCAGCACCAGACCGUUCACACCAAGGAGAGGCCCUUCAAGUGCAAACUAUGUUACAAGAGCUUCUCCUUCCAGAGUAACCUUAUCAAACAUAGGAGUGUCCACAAUGGGGAGAAAUCGUAGCACUGUGGCUUGAGACGUACACAGGGGAGAUCUGGGAACAAUUCUUUUGCUGACAUAUUAUAGUCAUCUUGUGAAGUGUCUCAUAGAGAGGGUUUUUUGGAAUACUAAGUCCCUCAGUUGAGCAUCUGGGUACGCUCACAUUCUCACAUGAUACAGACUUGUUGUUUGGUGUGCUGGCACAGUAAAUCCAUUUUGAAUUCACUCACUUUUUGAAAGCAUCCGUUAUGAUUUAAACAAAACUUUCCAUACAUGUUUGCCCAUGGAAGAAGUUGUCAGAAAGUGACGUGAACUCCAAUGUUGCAGCUUGGACCCUAUUUCACAUUAUCUGAAGUUUGUGUUGUGCCCCGCCAUCAGUUGAGACACAACAUGCUCUUGAAUACAGAGUGGGUGUCAUUUCAAUCAUAGAAAUAUGACUCAUAGAACGCUUUUGUGGAGCGAUGGGUAACGAUGCUUCGUGGGUGACUGUUGUUGAUGUGUGCAGAUGGUCCCUGGUUCGCGCCCGGGUAUGGGCGAGGGGACGGUCUAAAGUUAUACUGUUACAUGCGCAUAAAGUAUGUGCAGAUGUAAUACCAGAGGAAGUAGGUGGAGUGGUUGGUGCCCUUUGACUGACCCGUAUGGUGGAUUGAGUGAAGAAACUUCAUCCACACUUUUGUUUACAGCCAAGGCAUUGGGGCAGCAGGGUAGCCUAGUGGUUGGAGUGUUGGACUAGCAACCGAAAGGUUGCAAGCUCAAAUCCCCAAGCUGACAGAAGCUGUCGUUUUGCCCCCGAACAGGCAGUUAACCCACCGUUCCUAGGCCGUCAUUGAAAAUAAGAAUUUGUUCAUAACUGACUUGCCUAGUUAAAUAAAAAUUGCAAUAAAUCCAGGUAAAGGAUGUUCUGCCCUCACAGGCCCCCGAGCCUGUUUAGUAGGGGUGUGACUUGAAUUGGAAUGUGACUGACAGAGUGUGAUGGGUUUUUUCAGGGGUGGACUGGGACAAGAAUUCGGGCCUGGCAUUUUAUCCACACCAGCCCACAUCACAGUGUGCGCCGCCAACUCAUUUUCCACUGGUGUCACUAACUUUUACAGUUGGUGACACCAGCCCAUGAUAUGGUCGAACCCAAAUGUCCAAAUCAUGAGUUACCAUCUAAUCAAGUUAUUCAUAGUGCAAUAAAAAACACAUUUCACCGUUUUAUUUCCAAAAUCGGGUCACCUUAAUUGACAAUAUAGCAAAUAUAGUAAAUUUGUCAACCCAAAAUUCAUGACAAUCACUGGAUUAGGUUGCACAUCAAAAUAUAAUAUAUUCAAACAUAAGUCCAAGCAGGAAUGUAUGAGUUCAUGAUAUUUUGAUAUGCAUCCUAAUCCAGCCAUUGUCAUGAGUUUUGACUUUGAAUGUGUGUUUGUGUGACCUCAGCUCAGCCUAUCAGAAAACUGGGCCGGCAAUCCUGAUAGGUCCAGCCAUUGCCCACUGAUCAGCCAAAGGCUCAUUAGCAAAAAUCAUUAAUAAAGGCUCAUGGGCCACCGGCCAUGUCAUCUUACUCUUUUUGUAUAUAGAAAAAUAAAACAAUAAGUUGUGUGUGUGAAUUUCGACCAGCCCACCCAACAAAGAAAUUCUCUAGCCCAUCUGGCAUUUGACAGAUGGCCAAGCUGCCUCUGGGUUUUUGAAUGAUUUUAUUUUUGUUCCCCCUUUCCUACGAUAUUCCUGCAAAAAAUAUAUAGUUUACCACCCAUACAGUAGGUGGCGGCAUGCACCUCAAACGAUUGUUUGCCGACGACCACAAUACCAUAGAAGAAGGAUACUUAGAUAUUCUUGCCUGUUUCAUGUUCAGGGCUAGAAGGGAUCCAGCUUUUUGUAGCAGGUUAGGAGAAUUUACGAAGCAGGUUAGGAAAAGGGUUGGGGUUAGCUAAAAUGAACAAAAAAUAUAUUUUGAUCUUCAUUUGACAAAACUGGAUCUCAUCUAGAUACCAACCAUUCAUAGGGUUGUUACUAGACGAGGUACAGCUACGGACGAUAUUUACCAUUGAACUACUGCGAGAGUUUGGAUGUACGUUUUGAAGCCUGAUAAAUCGGCUUCUUCUUAUACGUCAGUGGUCGGAUAUCACUUUUGCUAUGGCAAUAGCAGCUAGAGGCAGGAGAGCAAUGCGCAGAUAACGGGUGGUCAAUAUGGAGUUUAUUUGAAAAUACCACAUUUAGGCUGUAUUGGCAUUUGGAAGGACAAAUUGGCUUGGUUAUAUUGUUAUUGUAUCUGUGCGCUGAUACAUUGUAGUUAAUUUAUUAACAUAUUUCCGCAGACCUUAUUUUCGGCCCCUAUCCUUUCCCCAUUCAGUUUUUCCAUAGAGACGGCUGAAAGAACCAGAGGUAGCUUAUUUUCGGGUUUUAGGACUACACAUUUUUUAAAUUAACAACAAAUCAAUACAUAAAGCACACGAGGGAACACAAGCAUACAUAGAUUACAAACAAUGGACAAUCGAGCUAGGGGUAGGCUUUAGGACUACAAAUCUAAGCGAUAUCCGACUCCGAUUCGUCAUCAGUCCAAACUCUCGCGGUAGUUCAAUGGUACAUCUCGUCCGUAGCUGUACUCCAUCUAGUCACAACCGUUUCACAGCGGUACCGAGAACAGUUUCCACGUUAUCGUUUUUAUUGUUUAGACAUUUAUUAACACCAAGGAACUGAAUCAUAUGACUCAUUUAACGGCACAGCAUCACGUACAUACACCAGGUAGUAUUUAAUUCGUAUUGGAGACGGGAGCUGGUUGAUAGCAGCUAACUAGCGUUACACCCCCCCCACCCCCCCAAAAAGAACUAGCGUUACCUAGAUACAUCUAACAAUGGCUAACUGUGUGGGUUUUCACACUCAAAUAGCCUCCAUCAUGGAGGUGCUAGCGAAUGCAGCAGUGGCAGAGAUCUGUAAACUCGUAGACGACGACUAUGCAGUGUUUCGUUUAGAAAUAACUCAAAGCCAGAAAGAAAACAGGGGAUUGCGGAGGAAACUACAGCUACAGGAACUGAAGGUGGCACGGGAGCGUGCAGAGAGGACAAUACGAGAGCGCGUCCUCGCCAGUCGUCCCAGUAGUGUCAAGAUGCUUGACGGAUACAGAGGAAUGGCAAGAGGUGAUGGACAUCUCACUGGAGGCCAUAGGAGCUUUCUGAAGCCAGCGGGACACAAUACAUGGAAAGAUGAACAACCAAUCACUGUUGAUGAGGGGAGUGGAACCUCAACCCAGCACAUUAUUGUGAUAGAGGCUUGGGGCUUGCUGUCAACACGAGAUGCACCUCCCAUUCCAUCUCUCUCUCUCUCUCUCAAAAAAACCCAAAUUGAUUCAAAGCUGAUCAAUCAGUCUGUAGAUACAGAGGCUGCAGGUCCUGAAGGAUCGUCUCUGGUCAAGCAGGAGAAGACUGAAGGUGAGGAGGACCAACAGCACAGCAGAGACAUCCAGACUGGAGCGGCUGUAGCCACAGAGGACCCCACCAACGCCCCAGCACAGCCCAGGACUCGACGCAGCAUCAUGGAGGUCAGUGGAACGCUGAACUCCGUCCUCAAUUCCGAGACAGAUACCAAGACUUUAACUGUAACACACAGGCUUUUACACACAGGAUCUGACCACAGAUCAGACCCAAAGAGACUUGGGCUGUGGAAACUGGGCAGUCCUCCUGCUCCCGGCUCAGACUAUGUACCGGUAUUUCACCAGAACGAGAGGACAGUUCAUUCCCGUGAGGAUGGUGAUGGUGAUGCGUUACACACUGGCGGUGAUGAUCCGUCUUGUUCUUACGCUACAGAGAUGGACCCUGGCAACAUGCCCUUGGGUUUAGAGACACAGACUGAUCUGUCUAGAGGGGACUGGAACCAGUACAGUAGUAGUAUAUACUCUGAAGGGUGCCAAGAUAAGAAAGUGGAGGGUCUGGUUGUAGAGGAAGUGACUGUGAAAGUGGAGGGCGACAUUUCUCCCACAUGGAAUGCAGAUAGUCACUUAGGAGACGGACACUCACAGGGAAGAUAUUUCUUAGAUUACAGGGAAAGCUUAGAGAAAAAUCCAAAUGUCACAACCCACUCGCCUUCAUACGCGUUCGGGGACCGUGACCCAGUGUCCACGUCGAUGGGGCCUUCCGAUUCACACAGCCGCAUCCUUCUCGAUCAGGUAUUGCACUCAAACGACAGUGCUAGAGCCCAGGCUCGGGGAGGGGGAGAAACCUCAGACAAUAGUAAAGAGAAACGGUUCCUCUGCAUGUUCUGUAACAAAGGCUUCAGCAGCCCUCAGAGUGUGGAGAUCCACCAGAGGGUCCACAGAGGGGUUAAACCCUUCAACUGUACCCAGUGUCACAUGCGCUUCAGCCAAUCUAGUGACCUGAAGAGGCACCAGAGGGUCCACAGAGGGGUGAAACCCUUCAGCUGUACCCAGUGUCUAAUGCGCUUCACCCAGUCUAGUGACCUGAAGAGGCAUCAAAGGGUCCAUACAGGGGAGAAACCCUUCAGUUGCCCCCAGUGUGACAUGCGCUUCACCCAGGCUGGCAGCCUGAAGAGGCACCUGAAGGUCCACACAGGAGAAAGGCCGUUCGCCUGUCCGCACUGCGGGAAGAGGUUCUCAGAGAGGAGAUACCUCAGGAUACAUCAGCAGAAAAACCAUUCCACUCUAUAAACUAGAAACCAUUCCAUGUUAUAGCGUAUUACGUUUAGAUCAAACCCUGCGUUGUUGUCAGCAGAAAAGAUCCACAGAUGCAUUUGGAGUAGCGAAAGUAACACAUUUCAGUGUUGAAUAUUCCUGUUUUGAAUAUUUCAUCUGACAACUUGAAUGAAAAAUUUGUGAGGAUGGUAGUGGCCUAUAUUGCCACUCCUAUUUGCUAUCUCUUCAGUAUAAGCCUACAAGCCACUCAGGCGUGGAGGGAAGCAAAAGUCAUUCCGCUACCCAAGAAUAGCAAAGCACCCUUUACAAACUCAAACAGCCAACCAAUCAACCUGCUAACAACCCUUAGUAAACUUCUUGAAAAAAAAUGGUGUUUUACCAGAUACAAUGCUAUUUCACAAUAAACAUAUUAACAACUGACUUUCAGCCUGCUUAUAGGGAAGAGCACUCAACAUGUACGGGACAUACACAAUGAUGAUUGGCUGGAAGAAAUUGAUAAUAAGAAGCUUAUGGGAGAUGUUUUGUUAGACUUCAGUGCAGCUUUUGACAUUAUCGAUCAUAAUUUGCUGCUGGAAAAAUGCAUGUUAUGUCUUUACGUGCCCAUUUUUACCACAUUCUUGCCAGCAUACGCCUUUUAUACCUCCUAUGCGCAUGCCAGAAUACAGGUGACGAGUGGCAGUAGUGGUGUGCAGAUGCUGGUGGGCGUUUAUUUGAAUAAAUCCAUUGAAUAUACACUUUCAAAAAUAUAUACUUUAUUUUUUUUUGUCAGGCAGGUCCUAAGAAACAUAAGACUAAUAAUGUAUUUUCAAAGGGAUAGAAUAGGCCUAGCAUAGAGUUUAAUGAUGUUAUGUACAAAUGAAUGAAGUCAAUAGUUCAUUAUUUUGUUCAUUAAACCCACGACACACACCUACCCCAUUCAGUCAACACGCUUGUAUUUUAUAGUAAGAAUAAAUACAUUUUCCGACACAACCACUGUCAUAUAAAAAAGUGGUAUUCUGAAAUAGAAGCACGUGCUUUUUUGAUCCUUUUUUGAUCCACAUUUCAUCUAUUUCCUACCCUCAAUCCACUUUGUUAGGGAGCAGAAAAUAAGAGUCGAGUUCAUAUUUCACAAUCUCCGCAGGCUUUUGGAGUUGCCUUUACGCGAUCGAGCAAAAUAGUAGGUCUACGCUUGCUACAUUAUAGCAUUCAAUAUGUUUCUGAUUUGCUCAGCCAGAAACCAAUUAACCAAAUAGCCUGAGACAAAUCCGUGAAGUCAGGAUUAGGCGUAGGCUACUAAGCAACUGCGAGUGAAGGGCAAAAUAAUCCACUUGUUAAACUGCAUUGGCCUAUAUUACAUGCUGACACAAUGUUCUAACAAAUGAGCCAACUAUACAACAUGAUCAUGAGCAGCACUCACCUCAACUUAGCUAACAUUUCCCCAGGUGACAUCAAUAAGGGACCAUAACUUUCACCUGGUCAGUCUAUGCCAUAGACAGAGCAGGUGUUCCUAAAGUUUUGUACACUAUGUAUAAGCCACUUAAGCCUAAAAAGUCUGUCAUAUUGUAUUUGUACUGUGUAGGCUAUAUGAUGUUCGCAAAUGCCUGUUUCAUUACUUUACUUCAACUACUUUGUUUGUCCCCAAGACGCUUUCAAUUAGAAAAUUAAUGCAGUUCAUGUGUAUGUGUGGUUUUCAUAUGAUUUAUUUAAAACUUGUUUAAUAAACACAAUGUGACUUUUCAUUCUAA